AUGCCUUUCACCGGAAGCGACAUCAUCAAGAUCAUCUUCGCCAUCUUCAUUCCCCCAAUCGGAGUGUUCCUCGAGCGUGGCUGCGGCGCAGAUCUCCUCAUCAACAUCCUCYUCACCAUCCUCGGAUACAUUCCCGGCAUUAUCCACGCUCUGUACAUUAUCCUGAAGUAUUAG